AAACGAGCAAAAAAAGACGAGGGAAUUGCUAAAAAAUCUUGUCUGUCGUAUUGCAAGAAACACGUGUUUUGAAAAUUAAACCUGCUUGUAGAAAGUAGCAGGACUGAGAAAUGGAGACAUUAAACGAUGAACAAGGGGAAACUGGGGAAGGAUGUUACUUAUGUGGGGAUGACGACGGUGAUGGGAGGAGACCCCUUGGUGGAGUGGGUGGAGAUAUAAAAAUUCUAGAAACAUGGUCACUCCGCUGCGUUGAAUCAAUUUCCUGCCUCUUUCGAAUUCCUGCCAACGAUCCACUCCGUCAAGUCAUGAAAGAUGCAGAUUAUUGUCAGAAAUGUGUCCAAGUUGUUCGAGAUAUUGAUUUUACCUUUCGUCUCUUUAAUCAAUUACUUGCAAGAUUGGAGGUAUUGCAAAAAGACAUGUUGGACAAGGUAACGCAGAAUGAGAUUAAAGAUUUCGGGGAAAAUUUUGAGCGAGAAAUUUCUAAAUUGCUUCGCGAAGGAAGUGCUGACAUUAACGUCGGGAUUGACCGGUUUAAAAAUUUACUAAAUUUGGAAUCCUUGAUGAAUUAUUCUGACAACGAUACAAAACCAGUCCAACAUUCAAGCCGAGCUGUGAAACGAAAACUUUCAAAUGAAGUUGACAACGAACAAUUGGAAAUUAAGGAAGAGGAAGAGAAAAUUUACGUUAAUUUCGAUCAAGAAGAAGUUGAUUUAUUCGAUGAGCAAGAUUGGGUUAUUUUAUCAAAGGAGGAAGACAACAAGCAAAAAGUUGUCGAACAGUCGCAAACUUUUGUAUCUGAUAAUGAAAACGGUGAAGAAGAUUAUCAUACUAAUCAUGGCCGUAAGCGAACCUGGAGGAAGAGAAAACCAAUAAAAGUCAAAAGAUUUCGGUGUGCCCUUUGUCCCGCAUUGGCCUUUGGAUCUGAAUUGGCUUUGAACGGGCACAGGAGAAGUAUACAUGAAUUUGACCCUCUCCCAUAUCAUUGUGACAAGUGUCCAAAAAAACUUAGGCAGUUAAAGAGCCUUAAACUUCACAAAAUGAACAAUUGCCCACUUUCACUGGACAGUUCUCAAAAUAGUAUAGAUCCCCAUCCUAUCAAAUCUGAAUCUCUUCUUUCGGACUCUGAAGCUGGAAAUUCACAAAUCCGACGCUCCUCUCCCCGUGUCACUGUAAAACGGGAAAUAAACAGUAUUCCAAAACAAGAGUACCAAGAUGCUGACGCUGCUAUUAAUUUAGAUGAAGAUAACAAAUAUCCCUCUGAUAAAGAUGACGAUUACAGAGAAACUGGAGAUGAAGAGGAGGAGGAUAACGCUUCAGAUUCAGAUUUCUCGGACGAUGAUUUAUCUGACGGAAGUGAUGCAGACUAUCAAAGGGUUAGGAAAAAUCGGGGGCAGACUUCCAUAAAAAAAUUACAAUGUCGCUUAUGCCCCGCCUCCUUUAUGGCAGAAACCACUUUGAAGGGGCAUCAACUCGGAGUUCAUGAAAAUGACCCUCUCCCCUUCCACUGUGUCAAGUGUCCCAAGAAAUUCCGAAAAUAUAAAACCCUUCGUUCUCACACGAGUAAGAGCUGUCAAAAAGAAAUUUUCCAACCAUCUCAAAAUAUUCCGUGUAUUUCUUGUCCCAAGAAGUUUUCUACGUAUACCUCUCUCAGGAAACACACCAACCUAUUACACUCUGAAUUAUACUGCAGUUUCUGCGCCUUAAACUUUCCAACGUUAGAGGAAACUCAAACCCAUGAGGAACUUCAUAAAAAUUUUGAACAGCCCUUUCAAUGCACCAUCUGCCAAUCGGUAUACCCCAACUCGUUAAAACUUAAAGAUCAUGUCGCAUUAUCCCAUAUGGACACACGCGUCGUGUGUGACAUCUGCGGUGGCAAAUUCGCCAGUACAAACAAUUUGAGGAAACAUCAAGCUACCCACAACGAUUCCUAUGUAGGGCACAAGUGCGAAAUUUGUGGGCUUGUCAACCAAAGCGUGUCGUCCUUGGCGCAACACAUGUUGAAACAUUCUAGCAGUAAAAACUUUACUUGUGAAACCUGUGGAAAAAGCUUUAGUUACCCGGCAUCGUUGAAACGACACCGCAUAAAUCACCAGGCACAGCUCCCCUGUGCCUGUAAAAUAUGUGGUAAAACGUUCGCCUGUAAGCAGUUCCUCCUAAAACAUGAGGAAAUCCAUUCUGGUACGUUAUCCUACCAAUGUCCAACUUGUGAUAAAAAGUUCAAGACAAAAAAUAGUUUGAAACAACAUGUUAAAAUCCAUGACCCGAAAGAUCCGAACCGGAAAAAGAGGGCUAGGAUUAAUAGACAGGCAUUAGUGAUUGAACCGAUGCAAUAAGGACAAGAGCAGAAGAGUGGAGGUGGUGUGGAUAUAAAUUAUAAAUUAUGUACAUAUGUAAAUAUGUAUUUUAUAGGCUGAAAGAAAGGGAGUAUUGAAUAAUUCAAUACACCUGAACAAUAUUCUGUAUCUAUGUAUAUUUAGAAGAAUUGUCGUCACAUCUAGUAAAUAAAUUAAGACUAAAAUAUAAAUAAUUAUGAAUAUAAAUUAUAAAUAUAAAUAAACUCUUAUUCAUCGGGAGGAGCGAUAUUUCCACCGGAAAUUCAAAGAGGGACUACUAAUCAGAAACACUAGAAAUAAAUUAAAUCGAGACUCAGGUAUGGAAAUAAACCCGAUUUGGACAUCACUACUCCUGCCCCUAGCACCAACGCUCAUACGCCCAACUGCAAUCCCGGUUACCCAGCGACCCCAGUGAUGUCAACAACUUUUCAUCUCGUCUGAUUUUGAAAAUAUUAUCUUUCAUGAAAUUAUUCCUAUAAUUUGCAUGUACAAUUUUACACCUGAAGAAGGGGGCAGUUGAACCCUGAAAGCUAGUGUGAAUAAAUCACUUCAAAAAUGUCAUCCAUA